CUUGAUAGGAUGACAUAUUCUAACAAAAAAUGAGGAAAGUUGGCAUAAAGUUUAUGAGAUUCGACUUUACAAAGAGGACAAUAGUCUUAUUUUCGCUACUCAAACCGGAAAUGCAUAUACCAACAAAGAAGAACCAGCGCUAGUAUCCAGGAAAUCGAGUCCAACAAGCUAAAGUAUACAACAAUGGCUUUGUUUGUUGUCAUUAUAACUCAUGGGUGGCACCUAACAGCGAACAUCGGUUCAGAAGACUGAAAAUCCUCAAACCCGUUUAUAUACUUAAGUGUCGUAAGACACCAUUGCUCUUCCCCACACUUCCAACUACUAACUUAACCUCCAGAAUCAACCAUGCCAACUCAAUUUUUCUACGGGAAGCAGGACUUUGUUGGAGAUGUGCGCUUUAUCACUGUACCUCAGAUGGCAAAUAAAUCUAGGUUUGAUUCAGCCGUCCAAGCUGGAUGGACGGACAGGAUGGAGAGGGGGCUCCUCCGUUACACUUUGGGGGACUUGCAAACACGUAUCCUGCCUGGCUCCUGUGGUUUUGUGGCGCAGUUAAAUGUCAAAAGAGGAAUAGAGAGGAGAAAGCCUCAGGAGAUCUUAAGUAUUAAACAGGUUUUCAAUGCCAAUCAGUUUAAUUUUAACAAGAUCAAUCCAGAUGAGAUCAUCUUUGAGAUGAUUAAGGACUGUGAUGAAGAACAAAAAAUUGGCCAUCAACCAUGCAAGAUUGUUGUAUUGGUCAAUGUCAGUCCUCUAGAGUUUGGACAUUGUCUUUUUGUUCCAGACCCAACACGCUGCUUUCCUCAGGUUCUCACAAGGUUUUCCAUUCAAGUUGGUAUUGAAUCCGUGCUGCUCAGUUCAGAUCCAGCGUUUCGUGUGGGCUUCAACAGUUUAGGAGCCUUUGCAUCUGUCAAUCAUUUGCACCUCCAUGGAUAUUACCUGAAACACAAGCUGAAUAUUGAAUCUCUACCUUGCCGGCCUGUCCUUCCUGGGAAGGGAUUUCACACUUUGACAGGAUUUCCAUCAGGAUUUCUGUUCUACACUGAAUCUGAGUGUGUGGAGGUUGUUGCAAACACCAUCGGCCAUGUCACUGACUUCUUAGUAGAGGCCAAUGUCGCUCAUAAUCUCUUCAUGACCAGGGGAUGUCCACCCUGCGAACAGAAUGACAAUUUGUUAAGAAAAGGUGUGCGCAUCGCCGUGUGGCCCAGAGUAGCUUGUUUCGGUACUAAAGAGGAGUCCGCUCUCAACGUUGCCCUGUGCGAGCUUGCAGGACAUCUACCGUUUAAGAACAAGAAGGACUUUGAGCUAGCCACUGAGUCGCAUGUGAUAGAAAUAAUUCAGCGUUAUCUUCUUCCGCAUGAAGAUUUUCUUCAACUGGAAAAGCAGUUGACCCAACAUUUAAUGAUACUGUAAGUUUAGGAAUGACAAAACUGUUGAGUGGGUAUGAAUGAAUAGGUUUAAUGAUAAGCUGUUUCCAGAGUUGUGUUUUAAAGAGAUGUACUGUAUGAUGUGCAGCCAAGUUUGAUCAAUUACUGCUUCAAAAUAUAAACAAAUAAUAUUCCACUCAGUGCUAAUCGAGUUUCUCGGCCCAUAUAAUAUACAGUAGGGCUGCAGCUAUGAAAUAUUUUAGUAAUCGAGUAUUCUACUGAAAAUUCCAUCAAGUAAUUGGAUAAAACAUUUUUUAAGGUAAAGAGCAAAUAUAAAUAUAUUUUUUGACAAUGUCUUUAUUUUAGAUGUAUAUUGUUGAAAACAGCCAACGAUUGGAUGUGACUAGAAAAAAAAAAAAUCACUGCUUUCACUCAAAAAAAAAAAAAAAAAAUCUUACUUUAAAAUGUCAUUACAUUUGAUAACACACAUCACUUAAAAGUUAUGUUUUUCCCACCUGUUUUGAAAUUGAAAUUCCAUUUGUGUGAAGCUACUUUUAAGUUCUACAGUAGUCUAAAUUGUAAGUUCUGAUAGGAUUUUGAGUUUUUGCAGCGUUCAGAAUAAAGGUAUGAUACCUGCUGUAUUGGAGCACCAGUUCUACUUGGUGUUUUAUCCAACAUUGACUACUGAGGUAAAAUUAGUUAGCUUAUGUUUUUAUUUUACACCCUCAUCACUGUACAGCACUGUGUUUUUACAGAUUGAAUAAAGCCUGUAUGAA